AUGACGCCUAGUGUGAAAAUGUCUCCCAGAUCAACCGACAAGCCAUUCCAAUGUCCUGCUCAGCAGGAGAACUUGAAUCGUCAUACGGCAUCAGCGUUCAAAUCUGAGGCCAUUCCCAUGUCCACAGUUGAUUUGAGAAAACGCCACGUGAGAAGAUACCACGCAAACCCCGAUCGCAAUGACGAGACAAUCCAUGUCGCCAGUCAUGCUGCGCCAGCCGACGAACCAACAAAAGAAACAAACAGACCAGCGGAUGCGAACUGCUUAACUGAUCGUUCAAACGGCGAAGGUUCAAUAUCGAUUUCACAAAUUUCCGCAUCACGAGGCAUUUCAUGGUUGUUCAAACUUCCUCAAUUUGUAUCAGCUUACUUCGAUCGUUUUCAGCCCACGUUCCCGCUUCUACACAAGCCAACAUUCGACCUUGAUACGGCUCAGGAGCCGUUGAUACAAGCGAUUGUUUGCCUUGGGGCUAUUUAUCAAGCUCAAGGUUCAGACCAGGAGAUAAGCGCUACAUUGUUCUCUUCGGGCCUGAAGUCUCUGGACCUAUACGUUCUCGAGAGCCGGCGGGUAAGAUUCAGAGAGUUGUGGGUCAUGCAAGCCUACCUGCUCUUCGAAUACUAUGCAUUCUACAGCUGCGACGAUGGCCGGUUCUCAACGGCUCUCAAGAUCCACAGGAAGCUUAUUGAUGCUGUCCGACAGUACCAGAUGCUUCAAGACAAAAUAGCUCUGGGCGUAGACGAAAUCUCCAGCCCGAACGAACCUUCGGUAGCUUCUUCAAUGACCGUGACCGAGCACGCCUGGCGAGUUGCCAUGUACAACGAGUCAAGAAAGCGGUAUGGCCACCUACCAGCGCGGUACCAGCGCGAAAACCUGGCAUCAACUGAAGUAAAACUCUGUUGUAACAUACGUCCGCUGCUCGCAGCUCUCGAAUUGAAAUACGAACUUCCGUGUCAAGACGACACAUGGCAAGCUGCCACAGCCGAAACCUGGCAAGCCCUCAUAGUCUCUCAAGAAGGGUCAUUCAACGAAGAAGACGACUAUGAAGCCAAUGGCGACCCACGCCCGGCGCACGGCGAUCUGUAUGCAAGUCUCAUGUACUUGAUGAAUCCCAACCCGCAAGACCGGCCUCUGCGAUUACUCUGGCACUCAUCUUUCGCAUGUCUCAUGCUCAUAACGCAAAUUUUGAUGAUGAUUCGUGACCUUACCUUGUCCAAGAACAACUUGUCAAUCAUCUCAGAAGCUAGUCGGACCUCGAUCAUGCAAGCUCUGAACGCCUUGUCGGAUAUCAUGCGCAAGCCAUCAUUUCCUAGAACAUGCCCCCUCAGCAGCUUUUUGGAUGAUUCCGAGUCUGUGGAGUCUAGCCUAUGGAGCAAUGUCUGGAUCGUGUGGCAUUAUGCUGCAAUGAAUCUAACCCACCAAGAGGCACUACUCACGAGCGGCAUCGUUGAGUAUAGUCUUCCAUCUGCUGUUUCAACUUGCUGGGAACUUGGUAAACCUCGAGUGAAACAGCAUCGAGAUGUGUACGAAGAUAGAGAUGCUCACACUGUCUCAGUCAUCCGUGUUGCUAGUAGCCUGGAGAGCAUUCUUGUGCUUCUUUCUCGCGACACUAGACCCAUCGAUAUCAACUUUCAGUUACAACCUGAAUUCACCCCCAAAAUAAUCGAAGAUCCCUUCAUCACAAUGAUCGGAUACAAGGCCUGUCUGCUGGGCUGGCGCAUAUUACGUCUAAUGGCUGUUAGCCUACAGACCAGCACGGCCUCGUCCAACAUCCAAACACAAAGCAUCUACUCCAUGUCUGCUCGAGUUGUUCUUACUGGCAUACUAGCUGCCAUAAGCCCAGAGUCUGCAAAUCAGAGAGGCCAGUGGAACCCAACAGCGGCGGUAGAUGAUGCCGAGUCUAGAUACUUAGCAUGGAUGGAGGCAACCUUUUUGGCAAGGGAUGUGUGGCCACCAAGCAAAUGGAUCGUCGCUGUAUUUAAUGAAAGCAGACAUGAGCCUGAGUAA